AUGUCUGUAUCAACAAUGUUAGGUGGCUUAAUUUCAACCAAAUCGUUAUACUCACAAGAUCCAGUCGAUCGAUACAUUUUCGAUCAUUCGCUUCGUUACACGUCGGAACAAACUGAACUUUUGCACGAUCUUAAAAAUCUACCAGAAAAAAUUCAACCAUGGUUGGGCUCAACGGAUGAAGCACAGUUCUUUCAAGUUCUCAUUCGAUUAAUGAAUGGCAAACGUGCAAUUGAAAUCGGAACAUUCACCGGCUAUACGUCACUUACUAUUGCCUUGGCCUUGCCAUCCGAUGGUGAACUAAUCACUUGCGAUAUAUCAGAUGAGUACAUUCGGCGAGAUAUCUGGAAGAGAGCUGGCGUUUAUGACAAAAUCAACUUCCAACUUCGACCAGGACUCGAUCUACUGGAAGAACUACUUGAAACAGAAGGUGAAAAUUCCUUUGACUUCAUUUUCAUCGAUGCUGAUAAAGCUAAUUAUCCACAAUAUUAUGAAUUAGCCCUUCGAUUGAUUCGUCCGAAUGGCUUAAUCGCUAUUGAUAAUACACUAUGGAAUGGACGUGUUCUAAAUCAGAAUGAUACGACGCCGGAAACGAGUGCGAUCCGUCAAACGAAUGAUAUCGUUAAAGAUGAUCCACGUGUCGACAUCAGUUUCCUAAGACUAGGCGACGGAACAACAUUUUGUCGGAAAAAAUAA